UUCAGACUGAACGAGAUGUUGGUGUUUGUUAAGUUUUUGUUAAUCGUUUCUGUGUGUGAGUCGUACGCGAGGAGAGUCCCAGAACACAAUGGAACUGAAAAUAUUGAGGAAUUAGCAAAGAAGCCGGUCUGCCACUACAGCGAUCCCAAUGUGGCAGAAUGUAUCAAGCGGGUGGCAGAACAGGGCAGGCUGCUUCUGGCACAUGGCAUACCCGCGUUUGGCAUACAACCUCUGGAACCCCUGAACGUGCCCAGCAUACGGCUGCGGCAACAUAAUAUGCCACAGAUGAGGUUCAAGUACGAUGCCUGGCUAUCAGAUAUCUCCCUGCAUGGACUCACUAACUACACCUUCAAUAAGUUGGACGUGUUCCCUGAGGAGCUGCGCGUGACGGCCAACAUCAGCCUGCCGCACCUGCUGAUAGCCGCCGAGUACGUCAUCAUCGGUGACUUCCAGAUGCUGCCCGUCGAGUCCACAGGGAAACUCAAGGCCAACUUCACUGAUUGCUCAGCGGCGCUGGACGCGGUCGGUGCCAGGGUCCACAAGCGCAUGGUGAUCCGCGACGCCAACGUCAAACUGCGGUGCAGCGGACCGCUCGCUGCCAAACUCAUGGAGGCUCACUCCACUACUGGUGAAAUGGAGAUGAUCACCGACCACAUAGUACACAUGCACUCGGCGGAGAUCGCUAAAGAGAUCCAGCCGGCAGUGGAGACGGCGCUGUCCAUGGUGCUGGAGGACGUGGCCAAUAAGUUCCUCAAGCUCGGUACAUUCGUGUGUCCGCGCGAGGAGAAGGCGCUCGGCCGCUGCCUGAAGGAUGCUCUCAAUAAACUGAUACCGCAGCUAUCCACAGGAGUGCCUCAAUACGACAUACCACCAUGCGAGCCGCUGCUAGUACCGUCGCUGUUUGUCAAGCAGUCGGCUGGACCGAUUUCGGUGGAGUCCAGCUACUCUGACGUCACCGUCUGGGGACCCUCCCGGAUGAAGAUCAAACAUGUCGACGUGGACAGUUCAAAGCACAGGGUGGUAGCUAAACUCCACAUCCCAGAGCUGAGGAUGAGAGGAAAUUACAAGCUGAAGGGACAGCUGCUCAUGCUGCCGAUAGAGGGAGAAGGAAAAUUCACUGCUAAAUAUAAUGACAUAGACGCAACAGUGACGAUAAUCCUGGGCAGGCACCCGCGGAAGACGGGCGUGGACGCUCUGGCAUGCACCAGCCUGGACGUCAAGUUCGCCGUGGACGCCGCCUCUAUGGAGCUGGAGAACUUGUUUGGAGGCGAUGAUGAGCUGGGGAGCAUGAUGAACAAAUUCCUGAACGACAACUGGAAGGAGCUGUCGGGCGAGCUACAGGGGCCCAUGGAGGAGGCGCUGCGGGACUUCCUCAAGCCGCUGGCAGACCACGCCUUCGCCAGCCUCAACGCUGAUGACAUCCUCUCCUAACCUCUACAUUCUGAUAUCAGCAGGCAUAGCAUGGCCACUAUAGAAAGGGUUUUUUUCUACGAAAGAAUAGACAAAUUGACAGAUUGACAAAGGAAAUCGGACAUUUUGUCACUAAAAUCUGUCAGUAUGUCCAUUCUUUCCCGUUUCUAAUGUUGUAAUGCUAAGCCUGCAGAAGCACAAACAUACAGCUACUCAAGCGUGUUCUAGAGUGCAACACAGAGACAAGUUUCCGGCUGUGAUACUGCAUUGUUCUCCAAAGUUAUGUGCGUGUGCGUUCUGUGACUUGAGGGCUACCGUUUUGACUGUAAACCAUUACUUAAAAAUAAUGGCGCACAAGAGUUAUUUAUUAUAAUCGA